AUGGCUAGAAUUUCAUCCAGUUCUCGUAGUAACUAUACUACCAAUUCCAUUCGAAGAGACCGUAAUAGAGAAACUGGUUUAUAUAGAAACUUACCAGGAGAUCCACCAAGUAGACCAGUGGUCAAAAGACGAUAUAGACCAGGUACAAAGGCUUUACAAGAAAUUAGAAAAUUUCAAAAGAAUACUGACUUGUUAUUAAGAAAAUUACCUUUUGCUAGAUUAGUUAAAGAAGUUGCUGAAAACUAUGUUGGUAUGGAUUAUGGAAUUAGAUGGCAAAGUAAUGCAGUUUUAGCUUUACAAGAAGCAUGUGAAGCUUAUUUAAUCCAUCUUUUAGAAGAUACGAAUUUAUGUGCAAUUCAUGCUAAAAGAGUUACUAUAAUGCAAAAGGAUAUUCAAUUAGCAAGAAGAAUAAGAGGUAAUAUAUGA